GUCUCAUGGAAUGACAGUUCGGAAUGUCAAAACUACUCCGGAUAUCACUAUACUGUGACGAUCUACGACACGGACAAUCACCGGUUGAUUGAACAAAACACUACCGAUCGCUCGUUCACAGUGGAGGAUUUGGACUGGUGCUCGCAAUACUGGGUGCAUAUUCAGGCAAUCGGACCCACAGGACUGAGUAACGAAUCGACGCUUCUGAAAUACCAGGAAUCCGUAGCUCCCAUGUCCCCGACGAAUAUCCAGCUUCGUAGCACUGGACCUCAGAAAUGGCUGAUAGCUUGGAAUGACGACACGGAUUGUCAAAACUCUGCAGCAUACCAUUACGUUGUGAUAACAUACGAUCAGAAGCAACAAAUCGUUAAUAAGUUGAACGUUAGCGAUCGGCAAACGACACUGGAUGGUUUGGACGGUUGUUCCGAAUACUGGGUGACGAUUCGGGCCAUUGGAAUAGAAGGGCCGAGCAACGAGUCGCGUGCAGUAAAGAUCCACUCCACCUCAGCACCAAGCGCACCGACGGACAUUCAGAUCCGCAAAUAUGAACAGACCAAAUUGAUGGUAUCAUGGAAUGACAGUUCGGAAUGUCGAAACUACUCAGGACAUCACUAUACUGUGGCGGUAUACGACAAUCAAAUGCAACUGGUAGAUGAGCUGAACACUACAGAUCUGUCAGUGACAUUGGUUGAUUUGGACUUGUGUUCGGAAUACUGGGUGACCGUUCGAGCAGUUGGACCUGGGGGCCACAGCAACGAGUCGGGUGCAGUUAAGAUCGACGCCGUCUCAGCGCCAGAUAAGCCGACGGACAUCCAGCUCCACAGAUUAGAACACACCAAAUGGAUGGUCUCAUGGAAUGACAGUUCGGAAUGUCAAAACUACUCCGGAUAUCACUAUACUGUGACGAUCUACGACACGGACAAUCACCGGUUGAUUGAACAAAACACUACCGAUCGCUCGUUCACAGUGGAGGAUUUGGACUGGUGCUCGCAAUACUGGGUGCAUAUUCAGGCAAUCGGACCCACAGGACUGAGUAACGAAUCGACGCUUCUGAAAUACCAGGAAUCCGUAGCUCCCAUGUCCCCGACGAAUAUCCAGCUUCGUAGCACUGGACCUCAGAAAUGGCUGAUAGCUUGGAAUGACGACACGGAUUGUCAAAACUCUGCAGCAUACCAUUACGUUGUGAUAACAUACGAUCAGAAGCAACAAAUCGUUAAUAAGUUGAACGUUAGCGAUCGGCAAACGACACUGGAUGGUUUGGACGGUUGUUCCGAAUACUGGGUGACGAUUCGGGCCAUUGGAAUAGAAGGGCCGAGCAACGAGUCGCGUGCAGUAAAGAUCCACUCCACCUCAGCACCAAGCGCACCGACGGACAUUCAGAUCCGCAAAUAUGAACAGACCAAAUUGAUGGUAUCAUGGAAUGACAGUUCGGAAUGUCAAAACUACUCCGGAUAUCACUAUACUGUGACGAUCUACGACACGGACAAUCACCGGUUGAUUGAGCAAAACACUACCGAUCGCUCGUUCACAGUGGAGGAUUUGGACUGGUGCUCGCAAUACUGGGUGCAUAUUCAGGCAAUCGGACCCACAGGACUGAGUAACGAAUCGACGCUUCUGAAAUACCAGGAAUCCGUAGGAGUGAAGAGCAAAGAAUCGGAUCCCGUGAAGCUGUACGAAAUCCCA